GGCCUGGACUUGUAUGACCAGAAAUAAUUAAAAAAUUGUCAGGAAAAGAGGAACAUGGAUGGACGCAAAGCUCUGCUUUCAGUUACACUAUGCCUAAUCUUUGUCCUGCUGCCUGCUACUUUCAGAAACUUAAAACUAGCUGCAGCAAAUAAUGAUGAGCUCGCUGAAAGAAGAAAGCUUGCCGCUAAUACCUCUGGUUUCAUAAGCAUUGAUUGUGGGGUGGAUCAAGAUUAUUUCGACGAGAAAACUGAAAUAUUUUACAAGUCUGACAAGGAUUUCAUAAGUACAGGAGAAAAUAAGUACGUAUCUCCUGAGUAUGAAGAUGAGGAUCCUUAUUUUGGACGUUUAUUUCGAAGUGUAAGGUUCUUUCCGAAAGGAAGAAAGAAUUGCUACACAUUGAGACCUCAGCAAGGCAAAAAUCAAAAUUACCUCAUCAAAGCAUUCUUCCAAUAUGGGAAUUAUGAUGCCAAGAAUCAAUCUACAAAGUUUGAUAUGUAUAUCGGUGUUGAUCUUUGGGCGACGGUGCAACCUUUCAAUGCAUCGCAACCAAUUUUCUAUGAGAUUAUUUAUUUUUCUUUAAUUGAUGAUAUUAAUGUGUGUCUCGUAAAUACUUUCUCUGGAACACCUUUCAUUUCAGCAUUGGAAUUGAGGCAUCUGAACCAUUCCAUUUAUAGAAUCGAGUCCAGAUCCCUAUCCACAUUGGAACGAUAUGACCUUGGCAACUCAACCAAUAGGACAGUCAGGUACAAGGAUGAUGUGUACGAUCGCUUUUGGUCAACAUUUACCCCUGAUUAUUUGAUUUCAUUGAACACCACCUCAAAUAUUGACGUCAAGAGCAGCAACAAUACCCUUAAAACACCAGUUGAAGUUUUAAGAACUGCAGCCCAACCACGAAGUCCUCUCAGAUCAAUUUUUCACCCCUACGUUCUCCAAACGUACAAUCCGGACUUUGAAUACUAUGCCUGCUUUCACUUCGCCGAAAUAUUACAAAUUUCACAGGGCAAACCAAGAAGGGAAUUCACCAUCAAUUUCAACGGUGUCAACUAUGGAACUUUUGCCCUCCAAUACUUGAAGCCACUCACCAUUUGUUCUGGACCUCGCAAAUCACGAUUUACUGGAGUGAUUGAGAUUCUUAUCAAUUCAACUGUACGAUCUGACCUUCCACCUAUCCUCAACGGCUUAGAGAUUUUCUAUGUAACGCCGCCCCCUGCUUCACCCACAGACCCAGCAGACGUUGAUGCUAUAAUGACCAUCCAGCAAACGUACAAUAUUAAUAAAGAUGAUAACUGGCAAGGAGAUCCAUGUCUGCCAAGUGAUAUUACUUGGACCGGCUUGAGCUGCAGCUUUGACAGCAAUUCUCCUAGGAUCAUCUCUCUGAACCUCAGUGCUAGUAAAUUGACAGGAAAGAUUUCUUCCUCAUUCUCCAAUCUCAAAGCGAUACAGUCCUUAGAUUUAUCAAGCAACGAACUGACUGGAACAGUUCCUGAAUUUUUAGCACACCUACCAAAUUUAACUGUUCUAAAUUUAUCUGUAAACAAGCUCACAGGUUCAGUUCCUCUGCCUCUUGUCCAAAAAUCUAACAAUGGACUAUUGCAGCUGAGUUUGAACGGAAAUCCACAUCUUUGCCAGAUAGAUUCGUGUGAGAAAAAGAAGCACAAUUUUCUUCUUCCAGUUAUUGCAUCCAUUGCAAUAGUUAUGGUGCUUCUCUUCCUCAGCGCUAUAUUUGUCUUUCGGAGAAUGAAAAGACAAGAAGCAACAUCACAAGCUAAGAAGGAAGGAUCAGUAAUUUCAAAUAAUCGGUCCUUUAGUUAUUCAGAGAUUGUUAGUAUUACUCAUAACUUUGAAACAAUCAUUGGAGAAGGAGGGUUCGGAAAGGUUUACUUUGGGACUCUGAAAGAUAACACUCAAGUUGCAGUCAAAUUGCUUUCUCAAUAUUCAAGGCAAGGCUAUAAGGAAUUUCAAGCUGAGGCACAACUCUUGAUGAUUGUUCAUCAUAGGAACUUGGUUUCUCUAAUUGGCUACUGUGAUGACCGUCACAAUAAGGCACUGAUUUAUGAGUACAUGGUUAACGGAAAUUUGUGUGAGCAUUUAGCAGGGACAAGUGGAAGUAUUUUGAAUUGGGAUGAGAGAUUACAUAUUGCAACAGAUGCAGCACAAGGAUUGGAGUAUCUACAUAAUGGUUGCAAGCCACCUAUAAUCCACAGGGAUUUAAAGACUCCCAACAUCUUGUUAAAUGAAAAAUUACAGGCAAAGAUAGCUGAUUUUGGGCUAUCAAGAGCUUUCACAAAUGAAAGUGGUUCACAUAUAACAACUCGUCCUGCAGGCACAUUCGGCUACCUGGAUCCUGAUGCUCAGGCAUCAGGAAACUAUAAUAAAAAAAGUGAUGUAUACAGCUUUGGAAUCAUUCUACUUGAGUUGAUAACAGGUCAGCCUGCCAUAAAAAGAGACAUAAAUGGAGAAAUCAUUCGAAUACAACAGUGGGUUACACCAAUAAUUGAAAAUGGUGAUAUCGGAAGCAUUGUUGAUCCCAAGCUACAAGGCAACUUUGACAACAAUUCCGCUUGGAAGGUUGUGGAGAUAGCCCUGUCCUGUGUGUUGAGUACUGCAAUUCGAAGGCCAGACAUGAGUGAUGUAUUGAUUGAACUAAAGGACUGUUUGGCUAUAGUAACACCUAUUCUUGGAUCUCAGAAUAUGGACAGAGGAAGGACAAUAUCAAUCAAUUCACUUGACACUGAAAUGGCUCCUAGUCCAAGGUAGUCUCACUCUGCUGGUCGAUCAAUAUUAUCUUUUUUUUUUAAGCAUUUUUUUUUUCUUUUUUGAGAUGGACUAGUUGCUAAUAUUUUCAAUUUGAAAUGAUAUUGCUAAUUUCUUUU